AUGGAGCCAGACAAGAAAGAGGACAACCAGCCAGAGGCAGCACAGGAGGCAACAGAGACAGGAUCUGCUUCAACGAUUCCAUCUGAGAUGUCUACCAUGGUCUCGCUUCUUGCAAGCAGCGUUCAGGGGAUGCAGGGCUCACUUGGAAAUGCCUAUCAGUCGAUGGCCAACCAGCUCAAACAGAGCAUGGAGAUGACACAGACGAUGAGUAGCAUGAUGGAGCUGUUUCUCGUCAGCAGUUUGAGCUCCAGUGUCGAGCGCGAUGAUCGAACGGACAAGCCAUUGCUUGUUCUCACGACCGAGAACAAAAGCCAAUUUCCUAUUCCCGCUAUCACAGGAAAGAUAAGGAUAGGCAAAGACAACAACGAAGAGAGAAAGUUCGAAGUCUCGCAUAACUCGCGCGCAAUACUCCUCUCCAGCAAUAUGUCGACCAUAAAGAGGGGACGAAAAGAAUCGAAGGCAAUGCCGGACACAAUCUACCGCCAACCUCAUGAACCAACAUCAGAGGAACCACCACAGCCUUCAUCUAUACCAUCAUCGAACAUUCUUCUGCCAGGAAUGAGAUAUGUGGAUGUAUUUGAAUUGAAUUUGGAGAACUUUGACGAAUGGAUUAUCUUGGUCGAGGCAAGCUUCAGGAGCCCAGGAACGGGCAAGCAAUUGUUCAAGAAGCAUGAGUGCUGCGUGUAUCUUAUCGAUCAGUGCGCUAUUGAAUGGAAAUCUGACGAGGAAACCACGGAGCCAGUUUCUGGUCAUAUUGUCCGAAUGACGACUACGUCUCUUCGACAGAUCCUGAAGGUCCCCGCAACCAAAGGCAUCAAAGUUGGAAUGGGAUUAUCUUUGAGCCCAUUACAGGGCAAGCACAAAAUACAGGGUUCUGUGAGCGCGAUAUCGGAAGAUAAUCAGGAAACAGAUCUGUCACUUUGCUGCGAGGAGACCAUGGAUGGAGCUUCCUAUAUUCUGGAGCGCAUCUGCAUGGAGCUCAAUGCCUUGGGCGAAGUCCAGAACCACGCUCGCCAAAAUAUCUCUGUUUAA